ACUUCUUCACAACUCAAAAUCUCCCAAUACAUCAUCUUUUUAUCUAAGUCUUCCUCUUCGUCGAUUAUUUUCCCACUUCACAAACACAUCUUAGAAUCAUGGGUGUUUUCACAUACGAAUCCGAGUUCACCUCCGUCAUCCCCCCCGCUAGGUUGUACAAUGCCUUUGUUCUUGAUGCUGACAACCUUAUCCCCAAGAUUGCACCUCAGGCAGUGAAGAGCACUGAGAUCCUUGAAGGAGAUGGUGGAGUUGGAACCAUUAAGAAGAUCAACUUCGGUGAAGGUAGCACAUACAACUAUGUCAAGCACAGAAUCGAUGGAGUUGACAAGGACAACUUUGUGUACAAGUACAGUGUGAUUGAGGGAGAUGCUAUCUCCGAAACAAUUGAGAAAAUCUGUUACGAGACUAAGUUGGUGGCUUCCGGCAGCGGUUGCAUCAUCAAGAGCACCAGCCACUAUCACACCAAGGGAGAUGUUGAGAUCAAGGAAGAGCAUGUUAAGGCUGGCAAAGAGAAGGCCUCCCACCUCUUCAAGCUGAUUGAGAACUACCUCUUGGAGCACCAGGAUGCCUACAACUAAACAUUGUCUGGUGCUGCAUUCAUGUGUUAUUCAGUCUCGUGUCAUCUUUGCCGUCAAAUAUUAGUGUGGUUUUAAUCCGUUUUAUAUAUUUUCUUCCCUUCCAAAACAGUGUUUGGCUAGUACGUAAUUGAAGGUUUUGAUUGAAGAGUGAAUGUUGUAUUUCCUUUCAUUUGCAAUAAACUCAAAAUUAAUGGACCUGAUUAUUCCUGCAA